AUGGAUAUUUAUUAUGAAAACUCAAGUUCAGAUGAAGAAGAUGUAUUACUGUUAGCAGCUGUAAUGGAUGAUGAAGAACAAAAAAGACGUAAAAGACGAAAAUGGGUUCAUGAAAUUAAUAGCCAAAGAGAAAGUUUAGGUGAAUUUAAUCAUUUAAUGCCUCAAUUACGAAAUGAUGCAAAACGUUUUUUUAUUUAUUUUCGAAUGACAUCAAAUUGUUUUGAUGAAAUUUUAAAUUUUAUUAAUGAAGAUAUACGUAAAGAAACGACUCAUUUUCGUGUGCCAAUACUAAGGUGCACGAUUACGAUGAAUACAGAAUAG